AUGACCAAGGUUCUUCUCACAGGUGGUUCUGGCUUCAUCGCCGCCCACAUCCUCGAACAACUCCUCGCCAAAAACUACACAGUCAUCACCACCGUCCGCACAAAGAGCAAAGCCGAUCUCAUCAAGGAAGCCCACGCAGACCUCGUCAAGAGCGGCCGCCUGUCCGUCGCCAUCGUCCCGGACAUUGCCGUCCUCAGCGCCUUUGACGACCUCGUCGCCAAGAUCGCCUCGGGCCCCGACGGCGAUCUCGAGUACGUGGUUCACACGGCCAGCCCCCUCUUCUUCACCUUCACAGACGCCCAAAAGGAAAUCAUCACGCCUGCGCUCAACGGCACGCGGGGCAUCCUCGAGGCCGUCAAGCGGUCUGCGCCAAAGGUCAAGCGCGUCGUCAUCACAUCCUCCUUUGCGGCCAUCCUGUCCGAGGACGACUUCACGAAUCCCAAUGCCACCUUUUCAGAGUCCUCUUGGAACCCAGACACGGUCAAGGACGCCAACCGCUCCAUCGCCACCGGCUACCACGUCUCCAAGGUCGAGUCCGAGCGCCUGGCAUGGGACUUUAUCAAGAACGAGAAGCCAAACUUCGACCUCGUCACGGUCAACCCGCCGCUGGUCCUCGGCCCCGUGGCGCACAGCCUCGCGUCCGUCGACGCCAUCAACGCCUCCAACGAGCGCAUCGCAGACCUGCUGCGCGGCAAGUGGAAGGCCGAGAUCCCCGAGACGGGGGCCGUCGACCUGUACAUUGACGUGCGCGACACCGCCAAGGCGCACAUCAAGGCCCUGGAGCUGCCCGAGGCGAGCGGCCACCGCCUGUUCCCCGUGGCGAGCAGGACGUCUAACCACGAGAUUGCAAAGAUCAUCCGUGACAACUUCCCUGAGUUUGCGGAGCGGCUGCCUGGCCCGGAGGUCAAGGGCGGCGAGCACGUUGAUGAGAACAAGGCGUAUAAGUGGAACUGCGACGAGACCAACAAGCUGCUCAAGAUUGACUGGAUCCCUAUCGAGCAGAGCAUGAUUGACACUGUCAACUCAUUGAAGGACAAGGGUAUUUAG